GGGACAAGGCAGGACAGGAUGCCCCCUGCAGGGCAGUGACAGACUGAUGGACACGGAGGUGCAGGGACACACGGCUCUCGGUGUUGGGGACGUAGUCGAGAAAACACACAGCGUUCUGAGCGGGAUUUAAUCCAUAGCUACAGGAGACACAGUGGUACAGUAAAGACUUACCACCUGGACCUGAAGACUUUUGAUCAGCUCGUUGAGAAAGGUUCAGUCUGGAGCACCGCUGUGAGGCUCUGAUAAAGGAGUGAAGAUGGACAGGCCUGGAGGAGGAGGAGGAGGAGGAGGAGGAGACAGUGAAGGGAUGGAGAACGAGAGAAACAAGAAAAGCAAAGAGCAACAUAACAAGGCUGAGAAGGGUGAGAAGGGUGAAAAGGAACAUGAAGGAGGAAAGAAGGAGAAGAGUAAGAGAGAGAGUCGGCGGUCAGGGGGCUGGGCGCUGAGCGAGCGUCUGGCCAUCAACGUCUCAGGGAUGAGGUACGAGACUCAGCUGCGCACGUUGGCGCAGUUUCCCGACUCGUUGCUCGGCGACCCGCAGCGUCGACUGCGCUAUUUCGACCCGCUCCGCAACGAGCUCUUCCUGGACCGCAACCGCUUCUGUUUUGACGCCAUCCUGUACUUCUACCAGUCCGGAGGACGCCUGCGCCGACCGGCCAACGUGCCUCUGGACAUCUUUAUGGACGAGCUGCGCUUCUAUGAGCUCGGAGAAGAGGUCAUGACCCGCUUCAAGGAAGAUGAGGGCUUCCCCAAAGAGGAGCCCAGGCCGCUGCCGAGCAACGAGAUCCAGAGAAAGCUGUGGAUGCUGUUCGAGCACCCAGAAUCGUCAGGAGGCGCUCGCAUCAUCGCCAUCAUCAGCGUCAUGGUCAUCGUGGUGUCCAUCGUCAUCUUCUGUCUCGAGACGCUGCCUGACUUUAGGCUUGAGAAAGAAAUGAGAGAGCAAAUGUUGUUCAACACACACCACCCAGGAAUGAACAGCACAGUGGGGAUGGGUCACUUCUCUCCGUUCCAGGAUCCCUUUUUCAUCAUGGAGACGAUGUGCAUCUUCUGGUUCUCCUUUGAGCUGCUGAUGCGCUUUGCCUGCUCGCCAAGCAAAACGCACUUCUUCAAGGACAUGAUGAACAUCAUCGACUUCUUCGCCAUCAUCCCGUAUUUUGUCACGCUGGGCACAGAGCUAGCUCGGUCUAAAGGUGGCACGCCCGCCAUGUCCCUGGCCAUCAUCCGUGUCAUCCGUCUGGUGCGUGUCUUCCGGAUCUUCAAGCUGUCGCGCCACUCUAAAGGCCUGCAGAUCCUGGGCCAGACACUGAAGGCCAGCCUGAGGGAGCUGGCACUGCUCAUCUUCUUCCUCUUCAUUGGCGUGGUGAUCUUCUCCAGUGCCGUCUACUUCGCCGAGGUCGAUGAACCCAAAACAUACUUUACCAGCAUCCCUGAGGCUUUCUGGUGGGCCGUCGUAUCCAUGACGACGGUCGGCUACGGUGACAUGUACCCCACGACGGUGGGGGGCAAGUUGGUGGGUUCCAUGUGCGCCAUUGCCGGCGUCCUGACCAUCUCGCUUCCUGUUCCUGUCAUCGUGUCCAACUUCAGCUACUUCUACCACCGUGAGAUGGAGUGUGAGGACAAUCACGAGUACACACACGUCAACACGUCAGUGUGGGAGAAAGAGAAGGAGGACAGCGAGGAUGAGGAUGGGGACAGAGAUGAGGAGCCUGACUACGCACCCCUGGAAGGAGGUGUGAGCUGCAGAGGGAUUUGUGCUCCACUGAACGGGACUCUACUCGCUGGACUGUGUGCUGGGGAACAGAGAACGGGCAACGUGUACCGAGGAGAACCGCUUGUCACCCAGGUGUGACCGAACAGACAGAGAGAGAGAGAGAGAGAGAGAGAGAGAGCGCAGACUUUCCAUCCAGUUGUUGAAAUUCUAAUUCUAACCACAUCCUUCACACUCUAAAGCAUCAAAAUUUCAACCUCUGUAUCGAUGAGAUCUUUUUCACUUCUAUGCAAAUUAGGUUUUUGACACAAAAAUCACAAAAUCUUAUGUCUUAAACGUGUCUUAAGCGCUUCCUCAGUACAAUCCUGUGGAAUAUCGGUUACACUCACUUUACUUCAGACACAUAAUUAUCCCCGUUUCCUGUUUGACACAAAACAAGUCUUAGAACUGUGGUUUCUUACCUUAACCUGUAUUUAAACCUGUAUUUAAACCUGUAUAGACAAAUAAACAAGAAGAACAAAACACUUGGAAGUGUGACACGCAGCUAGUUAGCAUGCUAACGUAAGCCAAAAAAGAAGCUAGCACGAAGCUUAGCCAAGUCGACUGACAUCAGUACUGUUUUAAUCAAACAUUUCCUGUAGCCUGUAUAUUUUGUCUAAAUGCUCAGCAGGCCACGCCCACAAGCUAUAAACUAUCAGUGACAUAAAUGGGAGAAGAAUAGUUAGACCAGAACAUCAUCAUGAGCAUCCAUGAGCCUGUAUAACACUAGAUCCUGGCUCACUCGAAACUAGACAAAUCCAAUUAACUAGCAUCCAUUUCUUACCGCCCAUGACUGCUGAUACAGGAAUCUUCUUCUGUAUCGACUGUAAAAGUCUUGGCGCCCCCUUCCCCGUAGGCCUGGAGGAACCUAUGACACAUAAUGGUGUCUGAUUUGAGUGAUUUGUCCCAUGGCUGAGAUUUUCCACGUGUUAGUUAAUUAAAUUCUCACAGAGACGUGAAAAACGAUGAACACAGCAUUAACACGUGGCCGAGGUGUACAGAGUAAUAAAAAAACAGAUUUAUAAACGGCGCCGGUGAGACGAUGAGAUCGGUGAAUAAACACUGAUCCAGUGAUCCACAGCUCUAAGCUUCGAUUACUUAUUAUUUACAAAAUUAUUCAGAAUAUCGAGACCUAAACGAAUUAUGUAAAUUUUAUUAUUAGAUUUAAUUCAUUACAGUAACAGCUGAACUCACUUUAAUAACAUUACCUGCAUUGAACAGUAUUCGAUGGAAUCUUAACAAUUCUUAGCUAAACAUACGUUUGUGAAACAUGUGGCUAGAAACUGAGAGAAAGAGAGAGAGAAAGAGAGAGAGAGAGAGAGAGAGAGAGAGACUUCUUGAAAAGAGAGAAGAUGAAAAAUGUCUACAGAGAGACGAACUGAACCGAAACAGGAACAAGACAAGGUCACAUGACUCAUCAGCACAAAGCCUGUUUAAAGGAAGUUUGGGUGAAAAUGAAACCCACCAUUUAAAUAAAUAAAUAAAUACAUACACAUAUCUCUAUCAAACUAAAUCAAACAACUUUCCAUCACAUCACAGCUCUGUUGAAUUCUCGUUUCUUAUUGAUCUAGAAGGUGUAGAGUUGAUCGUUUUUCCAUAACAGUUUUAUGUAUAUUAACACGCUCGUUCUGCUACGUUAUCGUUUCGAUAGAAUCGCAAAUACUACAAGGAGAUGUUCAGUUAACAUGUAUGGAAGGAGUCUCCAGUGUCAGAGCUUUGUAAAGCUGCACUUUUUAGUACUUUAGUACAGACGAGUAACUAUAAAAAAGAUUAAAAAAAAAAGGCAUCUGGUUCUUUAAUGAAGAAAAGUAUUGUAAAUGUUGGAACAUUGCUGUGGUGCGAGAGGAAAAAAACUGAUCGACUACAAUUAUUUAUUUAUUUAUUUUCUUCAAACCUUUCCUUUAAACUCUGGCCUUCCUAUUACACACACACAGACACACACACACACACACACAAAACGAUCACAGCACAACCAAGACCAGUAUCUUCAUCCACUUCGAAACUAUUUAUCUAUAUUUGUGUAACUAUUUUUUUUUUCUAUUUCUAUUUCUUAUAACUUGUCUUAAUGCUUGGAUCUGUGUAGAAAUAGCACUUAAAUAAUUGUUGUGACAAAUAUUUCUGCUUGGACUUAACAGGAAAAAAGCUGAAGUGCUAAAGAGUGAACUAAAAUAGUCAAAGAAAUGGUUUUAAAGAGUCUUAAAGCAAACACAAGAUGGCACAUAAAAUAGAAUAUAUCAAGCAAAACUAAGCUAGUGUAUGACUUCUACUGUAUGAAUGAGGUGUGUGUGUAUGUGUGUGUGUG